AUGUUCAAAAUUGUCAUUAUUCUAUUACUGUUCUACAAUUAUGAAGCUGAAACAACAUUGAAUCCUAACGGUCCAACGGUCAUCAAUGAUUUUAAAAACUGCAUAAUCAAUAUAAUGGAACUGCAUUUUACAAAACCAGGUUUUCUGAUUUUUGCAAACACAAAUACUAUGAGCACUGCAGUUGUAAAUAUUAGAGCAGAACUAUUGAAAUAUGUUCACAGAGAUCUUAAAUAUACAGUUGAAAUUGCUAGUCCAUUUCAUUCAAAACCAAUUUGUGACCAAGAAUAUAUGGGGGAACAUUUUCACUUGGAACAUUAUGAAGCAAUCCCUGUUGCCGAUUAUUACAUUAUUAUAAUCGAUACCUAUGAAACCUUCAAUCAUCUAGCCAGUAAACUAAUUCGUUCAAGAAACUGGAAUCCAAAAGCAAAAUUUAUAACACUACUAUACAAUUUUUCUGGCAGUAAAAACUAUAUAAAGCAAGUGGAAAGUAUUUUAACAUGCUUAUUCAAAUUUAAUGCAAUCAAUAUUAUAGUUAUUGUUCCCGAAGAAAAUAAUAUACGAAAAUCGGCGAUAUUAAGUUGGCGUCCUUACGAUCCACCAAAACACUGCGGAUAUUUUAAUGAAACUGCUGUAGGUAGAUUGAUCGUACAAAAUUUUUGUGAGAAAGGAACCUUGAAGUAUGACAAUCAAAUAUUCGAGGAAAAAGUUCCCCAUAAUAUGUCAGGAUGUCGGAUACAUAUACUAGCUAUUCAACGGCAACCAUUUAUUAGUGCAGCAGAACAUGACCCUGGUAUAGAAAAAAAAUUGAUAGACCAGGUACUUGGACAAAUGAAUAUAAUUACAGAAACUGAAAUUAUUGAAGAGUAUAGAGGAGAAAGGGACAGUAAUGGUCUGUGGGAUGGUGCACUGAAAUUAUUGGUGGCAAAAAAGGCGCAAAUACUUUUAGGAGGAAUAUUUCCAGACUUUGAUGUUCAUGAGGAUUUUGAGUAUAGUACGUGGUACUUAGCGGAUACUUAUACAUGGGUUGUACCUCGAGCUUACCCAUCACCAAAUUCAGUAGCUCUUGUAAUAAUUUUUCAGAGAUUUGUUUGGUGUUGUUUCAUAAUAGUCUUUAUUACAUGUGUCUUUAUUUGGAAGGUGUUGGGACAUUUGAGCGGUGAUACUCCUUAUAAUAGACUUUUUCGGCAUUGUUUUCUUAAUACAUGGCUUUGCACAUUAGGAUUUACUUCAUACAAGCGUCCAACUAAACAGGCGUUACGAAUUUUUUACGUUUCAUUCAACCUGUAUUGUGUAUUAACAGUAACUGCCUACAAUACUCAAUUAAUAGAUGUCUUAAGAAAUCCGACAUCCGAAUAUCAAAUUCAGACAGUUGAAGAGCUUGCUGAGAGUGAUUUGAAAAUGGGUGGUCUUGAAGAAUUGAGAGAUUUGUUUAUUAACUCGAGUGACCCUUUCGAUUAUUACAUUGGAGAGCAAUGGAUCAGUAUCAACAAUAUAACUCAAGCAUUAAUUGAUGUAGUAAUCCAUAGAAAUUUCUCGCUUCUAUGCAGUCGUCUGCAGUUGGCUCAUGUAUCUGCUAUAAUGCCUGAACUCAGUGACAGUUUUGGGAAUUUCAAAUAUUACACUUUUGAUUUAGAUAUGUUUUCUGUUCCUUUGGAAAUGUUAGCCUUAAAAGGAUUUGCUUUGACUGAUAAAUUCUCCACUAUUUUAAGUGCUUAUAAACAAAACGGUAUAAAUUCUGCAGUUAGACGUGAAUUUGCAUCUGUUAACAAAAGAAGACGAGCUAGUUUAUUGCGUAUGUUAGGUGUUGAGACAACAGAAAUUAGUCCAUUAUCGACUGAACAUCUCCAGGGUGGGUUUGUAGUACUAAUUUCAGGAUUUAUCACUGGUUUUCUAGUACUAUUGAUUGAAAUUGCAUAUAAAAAUGAUGUUGUGAGAAUCAUCAGGCUAAGGUAUAAAAAAUACUUGAAAAAUGAUUAA